ACUCUGAGACAAAAGCAAACUUAAACCCAAUGAACUCUCAACAAGAACACUCAUACUGUCAUCACACACUAAUAUUUAUAACGCUCACACUCGAAAGGCAGAAUCUUUACACCUCUUAAGCUCUCUCACUCCACAUUCUAAAACGACCGCCUAAAACCCGCGGCCCAAAACCGCCCUUCUCUGCCGCCGUGGACCACCACAUUCAAGAAACUGAUCUUUUGUUUGUUUCCUUGCCCUUGCUACACUUGUACUUGUGUUGAGGAAAACCCGGAAAUUUAUUGCGUUUGCCAAGUAAAGUACCUGGCUUUAUGAUCAUCUUGGCAGAGGGUAGUGGGCAGAGAUAGAUAAAGAAAGCUGCGUACUUGAAAGAUAGAUAGAAAGAAAACGUGGGUGUAAUCGGAGGUAGCAACGGCGUCGUUUUAGCUUCGGAGGGAUCAGGGAUGGAUAUCCUGCUAAAGUGUCUCCGAUCCAUUCUUCUGCUAUUCAUCCUCCUCAACCAUCAGGGAUGACAUAAUGGUAUGUUCUUCCCGUCUUCCUUAUUUUCAGCUCAACAAACAGCAAGAGCGUUCACAGGAACUUAUGGGAUUAAUUAUGGAAGAUUAGCGGAUAACAUCCCUUCACCAGAUAAAGUUGUUAAACUCCUUAGAGCAGCAAAGAUUAAGAAUGUUAGAAUUUAUGAUUCGGAUCACAGUGUCAUCAAGGCCUUUGCAGGGACUGGACUUGAGUUGGUGGUUGGGCUUACUAAUGGCGAAGUGAAGGAUGUGAGCGCUAGUGCAGAUCAUGCGCUGAAUUGGGUGAAAGAUAACGUGAAUGCUUUCCUGCCCGAUACGAACAUUGUUGGGAUUGCUGUUGGUAAUGAAGUUUUGGCUGGGAGUGAUUCCGAACUAUCAGCAUCUUUGUUGAAUGCUGUAAAGAAUAUACACAACGCCACAAAGAAGCUAGGGAUAAGUGAUAAUAUUCAGAUAACAACUGCGCACUCGCAGGGUGUUUUCAAUAAUUCAUUCCCACCCUCCUCGUGUAUUUUUAGAGAGGAUAUUUCCCAACUCAUGAAACCACUUUUGGAGUUCUUCUCCGAGAUAGGAUCACCUUUCUGUUUAAAUGCCUACCCAUUCUUGGCGUACACAUACAACCCAGACAAGAUUGAUAUUAACUAUGCUCUCUUUAAGUCCAAUGAAGGUAUUUAUGAUGAGGCAACUGAUCUUCAUUACGAUAAUUUGCUCGAUGCACAGAUCGAUGCAGCCUAUGCAGCACUGGAGGAUGCUGGGUUUAAAAAGAUGGAAGUUAUAAUAACAGAGACAGGCUGGGCGUCUCAUGGGGACCAGAAUGAACCUGCUGCCACAUCUGACAAUGCUAGGACAUUCAAUUAUAAUUUGCGGAAAAGGCUUGCAAAGAGGAAAGGAACUCCAUUGAGGCCAAAGCAUGUUUUGAAGGCAUACAUUUUUGCACUGUUUAACGAGGAUUCAAAGCCAGGCCCAACAUCUGAGAGGAACUAUGGGUUGUUCAAAGCUGAUGGGAGCAUCUCUUAUGAUAUUGGUUUUCAUGGACUGAAAGAUUCAUCUGCAGUGUCUUCGCUUUUGUCUUUGAAGGGAUUCAGAGCUCGAGGGCUGUUAGCAACCUCGGCUUUUCUGCUGCUGCUUCUGCUAUGGUUAUGACAACAAUUUUGGUCUUCUCAUUGUAGUUUAAGGUUAAUGAAAUUCUAUAGUGGAAUUGUGAGAGGUGAUAAUAUGAGAGAUCCAGGCAGAAUAGAUGGUAGUGAUAUACAUGUAAUGCAUGAAUGCAGGUUUUUACUUAUAGAGGUGACUGAUUGUCUUUAAUCAUUCAGCCAUGUAUAUCUGUCAAUAUGAAAUAAUCUCUUUUUCCCCCCUAUGAUGUUUCUAUGCACCUUGGUUUAUA